AUGCUCCGUGGCCAAAGUCUACCAUGGAGGAUUGCGCUCCGGAGCAGUCAACACAACCUAUGCAGGGACUGUAGGCGACAACUGAUUCAACGCAAUGCAUUCUCCUCGUCUGCGACCGCUCGACGGUCGACACACGCUUCGUUGAUCGCAGCUCGGCACGGCUUACAAAUACGGGAAUUCUCUUCCCAUCCAGUCCGCCGGAAAGACAAACCACCUGAGGAUGAUCCCUCGCCGCAACCGGAGGAAGCUGAUGAAAAGGCCAAAAAGGUAGCGAAUGAGUUAGAUGAAGCACCUCGGACUGAGGAUGGCGUCGAGUCUAAAAAGCCGCCGCCUGAACCGCAGUCGAUACCCCAGUCUGCCAGCCAGGCAAAGCCUACCUCGGCGGGAGGGAGUGGCGGGGAGUCACCAUCAUCUUCAUCUGGAAGCUCUGGUGGAGGCGAUGGCACAAGGCGUGGACGAAAGAGUACUCAGAUAUCGAAGCCGACGGUCCCUGAAACGUAUCCCCAAGUCAUGGCCAUUCCGAUCGCAAAAAGGCCCCUUUUCCCAGGCUUCUACAAGGCUAUCACGAUAAGAGACCCGAACGUGGUCGCUGCCAUAACAGAAAUGAUGAAACGAGGGCAGCCGUAUGUCGGCGCAUUCCUGUUCAAGGAUGAGUCUGCCGACAAGGAUAUCAUUGAGAAACCUGAGGACGUUCAUGAAGUCGGCGUUUUCGCUCAGAUCACAAGCGCAUUCCCGGUUCAUGGCGACGAGCAUAGCUUGACUGCAGUACUCUAUCCGCAUCGCCGCAUAAAGAUGACUGCUUUGAUACCUCCCUCCACAGGUGCAGAGAAGGGUCCGUCCGUAGUCGAUAUUCAGCCCGUGAAAGAGGACAAACCAAGUUCUGAUGGCGAUCCCGAGAACAAAGGCGAUGUGGUGGCAAGUUUCGAGGAACCGAACAAGGAUCAGCCCGCCCAAUUGACAGUAUACGAGCCAACAGCAUUCCUUCGAAAGUACCCAGUCUCGCUGGUGAAUGUGGAGAACUUGACCGAGGAACCUUACGAGAGAAAGAGCGACGUGAUAAGAGCCUUGACGUCCGAGAUCGUCAAUGUCUUCAAAGAGGUGGCCGGCCUUAAUCAGCUGUUUCGAGAUCAGAUCUCUGAUUUCAGUGUUUCACAGUCCGCUGGCAACGUGAUUGAAGAACCGGCCAAGCUCGCUGAUUUUGCAGCCGCAGUCUCUGCCGGGGAGGUGGACGAGCUGCAGGACGUCCUCCAGACUAUGAAUGUGGAGGAGAGAUUACACAAGGCCUUGGUGGUCCUCAAAAAGGAAUUAAUGAAUGCCAAAUUGCAAUCGAAAAUCUCCAAGGACGUCGAAAGCAAGAUUCAAAAGCGCCAACGUGAGUAUUGGCUGAUGGAACAAAUGAAGGGUAUCCGACGAGAACUCGGCAUCGAAUCCGAUGGAAAAGACAAACUUGUGGAGAAGUUCAAAGAAAAGGCCCAAAAGCUCGCCAUGCCUGAAGCUGUCAAGAAGGUUUUCGAAGAAGAGCUCAACAAGCUGGCACACCUGGAACCCGCGGCGUCAGAAUUUAACGUAACAAGGAACUACCUCGACUGGCUCACUCAGAUCCCAUGGGGUCAGAGGAGUGCCGAGAACUUUGGCAUCAAGAAUGCCAUGCAGGUGCUGGACGAGGAUCAUUAUGGUUUGAAAGACGUCAAGGACCGAAUCCUUGAAUUCAUCGCCGUGGGUAAGCUUCGUGGAACUGUUGAGGGCAAGAUUUUAUGCUUUGUCGGACCCCCUGGAGUGGGAAAGACAUCCAUCGGCAAAUCCAUUGCUCGUGCUUUGAACAGACAAUAUUACCGAUUCAGUGUUGGGGGCUUGACGGACGUCGCCGAGAUAAAGGGUCACCGUCGCACCUAUGUUGGUGCUCUUCCUGGGAGAAUCAUUCAAGCCCUCAAGAAGUGCCAAACAGAGAAUCCCCUGAUCCUCAUCGAUGAGGUUGACAAAAUCGGACGCGGUCAUCAGGGUGACCCUUCUUCCGCGCUGCUUGAGUUGCUCGACCCUGAGCAGAAUUCGAGCUUCUUGGACCACUAUAUGGAUGUGCCUGUGGAUCUGUCCAAGGUUCUGUUCGUCUGCACCGCAAAUAUGACAGACACAAUUCCCCGGCCUCUGCUCGAUCGCAUGGAGAUGAUCGAACUCAGUGGCUACGUCGCAGAUGAGAAGAAGGCCAUUGCGGAGCGCUACCUUGCGCCUCAGGCAAAGGAUCUCUCCGGUCUCAAAGAUGCCGACGUCAACUUGGACGAGUCCGCUAUUGAGGAGCUCAUCAACAAAUAUUGUCGCGAAUCUGGUGUGCGAAAUCUCAAGAAGCAGAUUGAGAAGGUGUUCCGCAAGUCCGCUUUGAAAAUCAUCCAGGACCUGGGCGAAGAAGCUCUGCCUGAAUCUGAAGCGCUGACGGAGGAAGGAAAGGCUGCACUUGAAGAAAGCAAGAAGGACGCCUCGGACGUAAAGGACACUCCAGAGUCGAUUGAAAAGGAGACCACAGAACACCCCCGGGUCGCCCUCAAACUACCCGAAUCGGUCCAUGUGACAAUUACCAAGGACAACCUGAAGGAUUACGUUGGCCCUCCUGUCUUUACAUCAGACCGUCUGUAUGAAACCACGCCACCUGGCGUUGCGAUGGGCCUUGCCUGGACGAGCAUGGGAGGCGCAGCCCUCUACGUCGAGUCGAUCCUCGAGUCGGCUCUGUCCCAUUCCAGCAGACCAGGGCUUGAGCGGACCGGCAACCUGAAACCGGUGAUGAAGGAGUCGAUUUCCAUUGCGUACUCUUUCGCCAAACAUGUCAUGGCCACGCGAUUCCCGGAGAAUCAUUUCUUCGACCAUGCCAAGAUCCACCUGCACUGUCCGGAGGGCGCUGUUCAGAAAGACGGUCCAUCAGCCGGCAUCACGAUGGCGACAUCCCUGCUGAGUUUGGCUAUGGAUAAGCAGGUUGAUCCAGCGCUAGCCAUGACCGGCGAGUUGACCGUGACGGGCAAAGUUCUCCGGAUCGGUGGUUUAAGGGAGAAGACAGUUGCAGCCAGAAGGGCGGGAUGCUCGAAGAUUCUGUUCCCGAAGGAUAAUUGGGGCGAUUGGUGCGAGUUGCCUGAGAACAUCAGAGAAGGCAUUGAAGGUCAUGCAGUUGACUGGUAUGACGACGUGUUCGAUAUUGUCUUCCCCAACCUUGUUACGGAAGACAUCAACUCCUUGUGGAAAGACGCAUUGAAAAAGUCAAAAGAGGAUAAGGAGAAGGACAAAAACCAUGACGAUGAUGACUGA